AUGUGGCUCAAGCUUUCAGGCCACACACCUGGUAGAGUCACCACUCAAGGAGUUGUACAAAGCAUAUCUUUAAACAAAUCCAUAAUGUUAACCUGCCUAAAUGCAGAAAAGCAUGUCAUCAAAGAUGAUAUCUCAUUAAUGUUUUUAUGGAUAAAAGUGAGAGAAAAUGUUGUAGCUGCAUGGCACGUACCAGGAAGUGAAGAGGACCCAACUCUUGUACAUCAGCUGUCUCACCCUGCAAAUGUCAAUGAUAUUCAGUAUGUCACAAGGGAAGCAUUUGCAACUGCAGGAGGUAAUGGGAGUGUUAAGCUUUUUCAACAUAGCAACAAUGACCAGUUAGAAAGUAAAGCAACCUGGGAUCGCAUACACACUGUUCUAGGAGGCCCAGUUCCAUGUACAGCAUUAGCCACAAAUGGUGACCAGAUAGCAUCUGUUGGUGAAGAUGGCAAUUUAGUUAUUUUAAAUCCUAAUCAAGAUCAACCUGUAAGAUGCAUUGAGAGUGUGGGUGGUUGUAGUAUGUAUGCAGUAGUGUAUGUCCGUGCCAGUGAGGUAGUCACAGCCAACAUGCAAGGCCACCUUAAGUUAUGGGAUCUGCGGGCCCAGCAGCCAGCCAGAGCAACUCUUCUCAGCCCAGAUCAGAUUGCAGUAUGUCACCUUGCAGGACACCCAACUCAGCAGCACCUUGUGGCAGCUGGAGGAGAAGAUGGAGCUAUGGCCAUAUGGGACAUGAGGAAUAUAGCUCAGCCUAUCACUCUCAUUUCUGCACACAAUGGACCAAUUACUGAAGUACGGUUCCACCCAGCAGCACCAGAUCAUUUGUUUACAUGUGGUUUAGAUGGUCAACUUUUGCAUUGGGAUGCUUCUGCCUCUGCACGGCCUACAUCUGUGUCUUUCAAGGGAUCUCGUGAGCCUGCAGGAGCAAGUAUCACAGUCUGGCUAAGCAGCGAUGUUGCCCGGGGAGCCAUUGAUACUACAUGUAUAAUUCCACAGUCGUCCUUACCCUUCAACUCGCUGGACAUUGAGGGGCCAACACUGCUUGCUGGUUCAGACAACGAGUCCAUUUAUACAGUCAGAAAUGUGUUGCUUUAUUAAAGUUUCUUGUUAACAUUUACUUGAAAAUUAUGUUCAUAAAGAUUGUUUCUUUGAAACUGAAUAUUACUUAUGUAUUGAAAGUUUUAAAUAUGAUUUGAUCAAUUAUUUGGUUUGUGUGUCUGAUAUGGCAUCUUUUUUUUUUAAUCAGUAUGCAAAGCUACAUUGAAAACCUUUAGGUGCUAUUCUGAUAUACAAAAAAUUACUUUCUUCUCUUUGCUAUAGAUCUUAACAUUAUAUAGAGCACUCAGUUCAAUUAAGUUAAUGAAGUGAUGUUAAUGCAAUUUAUUGGCAGUUGAUAUUCAGAUUUAUUCACUUCAAGUACAGGGGGCCAUCAUAUAUUUUACCUGUGUUCAUUUGUUUAUUGUUCCUCUUAAAAUGUACUUUUGUAUCUUGAAAAUAAAAGACAUUAUAGUAC